AUAUAUACAUAUAUAUACAUAUAUGUCAUAUGUAACACCUAUAAAAACUACGAUUAAAACCAUAAAAUCAUAUUUGCGUAUAAGAUUCAUACAUAUGUAAUACAUAUGAAUUCUCUGAAUAGGUUAUGUUAUCAAUGAAUUAGACAUAUUUUUUUAAAAGAAAUAAAAAUGGAGGAAAUUUUUUAAUCUAGAAUGAACGUCCUAAUAAUCUUAACUAUUGUCACAUCUCACUGUAUCACAAUUUGUACUCCAAAAGAGACAAUUACCAAUGCCACUAUAACAAAUUAAGAAAACAGCAAGAAAGAAUACUGAACUACAAAUAGUGCAUGGUUUUCGUUCUAGGAAGAAUCCAAUUAGAUAAAGUGCUAUAAACAUGACAUGCGUUUGCACUAGUGUUGGAUUUACUGGCUUUGGUAUCAGCAGCACUGGAAUUAACCACUGUAGGCAAUACAUCUUCUUUACUUUGUUGUUAGAGAUGUAUUUAAACUAGUUUCAUUUAUGGCAAAAUCUCUUAUUUGGAAGCACCAUAAUGUUCUCGAAACAUUUCGUCUUUCAAAAUUGAAACAAUUUAAUUACAUAUACCCAUGCUAGUACAAAAUAUUUCUACUCUGAAUUUUUCCAAAUACAUAUGAGAUUACACACAUCUAUAAAUCAGAUAGGAACAUACAGCUUACAUUAACAGCAGUUUAGUCUGUCUCAUGAAAACAACCUUUAGAUUAUCUUUCAAAGUAAAAAAAAUUAUUUAGCAAAUUAUUUUAUCAUUGUUUGACGUAAUCUUUAUUAAUAAUGACUAUAUGUAAUAUUUAUUGUGUCAUUUAAUUUAACUUUUUCCACUGAUAUACUAGAAAUAAAAUUGAGAUGUCAAGUUUGCUUCAUAGUAUUAAUUGAAAAAUUUCUAUUCUAUUUAACACGGGAAUACCAAAUAGCACUAAAAUUUCUAAGUACAGAAAGCAUAAUAUAAAAGAAAGUAGAUUCUGAUAUUCGUAAUUGUAAUUAAUCUAUAAUUAGUAGAUAUUAUGUCCUAUAUUAUAAUAAUAAAAUAUUUUGAGUAACAUAUUAUAUUAUAUGAAUGUCUAAUAUGUACUGUAAUAAUCCAAACAAAAGUGCAAAACCAAUUUUAAAACGUCAACAACAAACAUGUGUCAAAUUUAAGGAAAGUUUAGAAAAUAUGAAUGUUUUAUCAAAAAAAUCAGAACGGACUGUUAUUAGGAGCACUACAAAAAUUCUUAAUUUAUUUAAAAAGCCUGUUACAAGUCAUAAGGGAGAGAGACAAGAAAACAAUGUUUUAACUGAAGAAAAAGAAAAUAAUGCAGUUAUUAUUAAGGAAAAUUUAUCCACUAAUAAUAAUACAGUUGUUUUUAAUGUAGUAAUAGGUAAGAAAUCUAUGAGAAAACAUAAAAAAUGGGAAGAUGAUGGAACAUUGGAAGUUACAGGAAAACAUGCAGUUCUAAAGAUAAUUGACAGAGUAACAUCUAAAUGCAUGCCAAAUAAAUGUAUUCCAGAAGUAGUUUCAGAACCACCCACAAAAAAGUUGAAAACUUCAGGUUCUAAUCCAUAUCUUUCUUUAGGAUCUUUACACAAAGAUAUGAAAUUAAGAUGCUGUCCAUUGAUAAUGCCAUCUAUAAAUACUUCAAAAAGUUGGGGAGUGAAUGAUGUAUCAAAAAAUGAAAAAGAAAUAUCUGUAGAUACUUGUUUAAUAAAUGUACUCAGACAACACCAACGUCAUGGUAUUGUAUUUCUAUAUGAAUGUAUUAUGGGCUUAAAAGUACCUAACUAUUUUGGAGCAAUUUUGGCUGAUGAAAUGGGACUUGGUAAAACAUUACAAUGUAUUACAAUUAUUUGGACGUUGUUAAAGAAAGGGCCGUAUGGACAUCCAAUACUGAAAUAUAUAUUAAUAGUAACUCCUAGUAGUUUAUGUAAUAACUGGAAUAAAGAGUUCAAACAUUGGUUGGGGUUUCAUAGAAUAUCUCCAUAUGUUGUAAAUGCUAAAAAUAAGCCAAAAGAUUUCAGAAAACAUAUAAGAAACUCAGUUCUAAUUAUUAGUUAUGAUAUGCUUAUCAAAUACAAACAAGAAAUUGAACAAAUACCUUUUGAUUUAAUCAUAUGUGAUGAAGGUCAUAGAUUAAAAAAUAGUGAUAUAAAAACAGCAAAGAUUUUAUAUAACUUGAAUUGUAAAAAAAGAAUUCUUUUGACUGGAACUCCAAUACAAAAUGACUUGCAAGAAUUUUUUGCUUUGAUUGAUUUUAUAAAUCCUGCUGUAUUGGGAAAUAACAUUGACUUUAAAAAUUAUUAUGAAAAACCUAUUGUUGCAUCACAAUGUCCUAAUGCAUCAGACGACGUUGUAUCUCUUGGAACUAAAAGAGCUAAUGAGUUAUAUGAAAAGACUAAAUGUUUCAUAUUACGACGUACACAAGAAACUAUUAAUAAGUACUUACCUUCUAAACAUGAAUUCAUUAUAUUUUGCCGCUUGUCGAAUGAACAAGAAGAUUUAUAUUCUCGAGUUACAGACUCGUGGUUUAAUAAAAUUGUACUACCAAAUAAUAGCAUACCACAUUUAACAGUAAUAACAGCUCUAAAAAAAAUUUGUAAUCAUCCAGAAUUAUUUAAUAAUGAAAAAGCUAAGUUUUUGAAUAUUGAUACAAAAGCUACAAAUAAAAUUCCUAAUAUAAAAGAUGUUACAAAAAAAACAUACCAUGGAAAAAUUUCAAUUGUACAAACAUUACUAAGAAAUUUAAAAAAAACGGAUGAGAAAUUAGUAUUAAUUUCAUAUUAUACACAAACACUCGAUCUAUUAGAAACUGUUUGUAAUACAGAAGGCUUACAAUUUCUUAGAUUAGAUGGUACUACAACAAGUAAUACAAGAUCUAAAAUUAUAGAACGAUUCAAUUCAACCACUGACAAUAGUAAAAUAUUUUUAUUAAGUGCAAAAGCUGGUGGAGUUGGAUUAAAUUUACCUGGUGCAUCUCGACUUAUAUUAUUUGAUUCAGACUGGAAUCCAGCAUCUGAUUCACAAGCUAUGGCAAGAAUUUGGAGGGAUGGUCAAAAAAAAGAUGUUUAUAUAUUACGAUUACUAACUACUGGAACUAUUGAAGAGAAGAUCUUUCAAAGACAAAUUAGUAAAGCGAGUUUAAGUGAAACUGUAGUAGACUUAAAUUCAUUCUCUUCGCUUAAAUUGUCUACAGAUGAAUUAAAGGAUUUAUUUACAUUGGCAACAAAUACAAAUUGUUUAACACAUGAUUUAAUGAAAUGUUCUUGCAAUGGUUAUAAGAAAUCAGAAGAAAAAUCAGAAGAAUCAUGUCAAAAAGAUAACAGAGAAUAUCAAUUUCUAGGAGAUAAAGUGACAAAAUCAAAUUUAACUAUAAACCAGCUUUUAAAAUGGGAACAUUACCAACAACCAAUUUCGGAUGAAAUAAUUCAAGUAGGAAUAAUUUAAUAUUGAAUACUAAAAUACUAGACUACAUUAUUACACUAACAAUUAUUUUCAAAUGUUUUGUAGGAAACCAUGUUAUCAGAAGCAUCUAAUGAUAUAACGUUUAUAUUAAAAAAUUCUAUAGUAAAUAAGAGAUUCAAUUAAUAAAAAAAAAUAUUUAUUCCAUAAAAAUAAAGUAUAUAAUUAUAAAAGACAUAAUUAAAUUUUUAUAAUUUGUUUUUAUGUAAUAUAAUACUCAUUCGUUCCAAGAAGUCAGGAGAUUGUAAACGUUUUACGAGUUCAAUUGUUUCUUCUGCAUUUACUUUCAAUAAAAUGUUCUGAUUCCAUCUUCGAACUAAACAUUUAAUUGCCAAUAUAGACUGAAAAUAGCAUUUAUUUGAUGUAAUUAUAUUAAAAAAUGAUAAUUGCAACUUAUGUAGAUAAUAUUAUUAUAAGUAUACUUCUGAUGAAAGUUCUGUCAAUUUUUGUAAAUAUGUCCAAACUUUGUUUAAAUUUUCAUAUUCAUAUAUUUCAUUAAUAAAGCCAUAAUGUUUAGCUUCAAGUGCAGUCAUCUUAUGUCCUAAAUACAACAUGUCACUAGCCUAAACAUUAUUUGAGUAUUAUAAAUUUAUUGCAAAUAUAACAUAAUUUUAAAUUAGAUUACCUUACAUUUCCCAAAUAUAUUAGAAAAUGUAUAUGUAGAACAUCCUUCUGCAACAAGUCCUAAUUUUGUAAAUGGUGUAUGAAAGUAAGUCUGCAAUGUAACAAACAUCUAUAUAUUAAUUUUAAUUUAGUAAAAGUAAGAACUAGAUAACAUAUAAUAUGAAAUUACGGUAUCCGAUGCAUAUAUCAGGUCAAAUAAUGCAAGCAUUGUUACUGCAAUUCCAAUUGCAGGACCAUUUACAACAGCUACUAAAAGCUUAGGAUAUGUAAUUAAUGUAUCUAUAAAUUCUCUGAAAAAUUAUUUUAAAUUAUUAUUAAAAUUUUUAAGAUUUAAAAUUAUUUAAAGAUAUUACUUACUUAAAGAUAUUAAUUGUACUUUCAAUAUUGAAAGCACUGUUAUUUUUAUUUGUUAAUAGAUAUUUAAAAUCAUUUCCACUACUAAAAAAGCUUCCUGUACCAGUUAAAAUUAUUACAUAAAUUGUACUAUCUUGAAUAGAAUUGUGUAAAAUUUGUAUUAAAUCUUUGUACAUCUAUAAAAAUGUGUAAAUCAUGUAAAAUUUAUAUAAAAUAUUUAUACGUAUAAAGGUUUAAUAUUAUUAUUUGAUGUUAAUUAUAUACAAAGAGUUUCCGACCUGACAACCAAAUGGGAUGA